CAAACCGGAUCUUCUUCCGAAACUCAGACCUCAAACGAGAAGAGAACUCGGAAAGUCGCUUUGACACCUGGUCAUUCGCCCCUUGAUUGGGCAAGGUUGACCUCGAGUGGGAAAAAUUUAAGAGGGACAAAGUCAUUUCCAUUGAGAGUUACAAUGGAUGAGUUGAAGUCACAUAAUAAGAGGGAUGACGCUUGGUCGAUCUUUAAUGGGAAAGUAUAUAAUAUAACACCUUAUCUAAGUUUUCAUCCUGGAGGAGAGGAGGAGUUGAUGAGGGUUGCAGGGAGAGAGGGGACUAAGUUGUUCAUGUUAACGCAUUCAUGGGUCAACCUAGAAUAUAUGCUACACGAAUGUUUGAUAGGAAUGUUA